CUCUACUACACCACUUACACGCUUCAUAUCCACGCGGCUUGCGAAGAAGCCUAUCGUAACCCCAUCACAUGUGCCGCUGACACAUUAUGCUAACACCUGCGACCGCGAGUCUCAAUCUGCCUUAGUUUUCUUGCCGAAAAUGAGCGUUACACACGCACGAGCAACACCGAAAUCUCGAAGAUCUCAGAUGUAGAUACGGCCCUCGCGUCGUAGAGCCCGAGAUGCGCUAGUUGAAUUGCGGUAAUUGCGGUCGACCGACCCUCUGGAUCGCAUCACACAUAAAUUGGGGCUGGCUGCGUUGAAUUUCUCUGUCCACACACAGACCAUCUCCUCCCAGCGAACCCCUCUCUACCCUUCCCCCCUUCUACGUGACAGGAUGAGUUCUUCACGCACUGCGCACCUGCCCGGGACUCCCGACUUCCAACCUCUGCCCGACAGUGCCUCCUUGGAUGAGAGGAUUACAUUGUCUUACCGGCGCGCCCGGGCUAUUGCGAAGGCAUAUGCGAUGACACCGGAGGACACUCUGUUCUUGCGCCCCAAGUUCUGGGAGUUCCAUACCGACAACAUCCACAGUCUGGAUGCCGGUGCCUUCACGCUACUGACCAUCCAGUAUAACUUGAUGGGUGGGACAUUGGCGGCCUUCGCGCAGAAACGUCCUGAGCUCCGGCCAAUCAUGGACAAGGUUAUGAAGUUCGACGUAUCUGCGCAGUACCUUCUCACAGAAGUCGGCCAUGGUCUCGACGCCCCGAACCUCGAGACGACGGCGACACUUCUACCAAAUGGGGAGUUCGACUUGCACACUCCUAGUGAACGGGCGCGCAAGUACAUGCCUCCGACAGGACCGUUCGGCUCGUUGCCUCGGGUUGCUAUUGUAUUUGCAAGGCUCGUCGUGCAAGGGGAGAACCGGGGGAUUCGUCCCUUCCUCGUGGCCCUCGGUGACGGUCAACAGAUGUGCAAAGGCGUCACUGCCCGACUGGUGCCGCAGCGAGGUGGCAUCAAACCUGUCGAUCAUGCCGUGACGUCGUUUGACCAUGUCCGACUCCCGUCUACCGCUCUGCUGGGUUCACUGGCUAAGCCAGCUGAUCUACGCGCUAAUUUCAUCUCGUGCAUCUGGCGAGUAUCUGUUGGCUCGCUGGCGCUGGGGACCAUGGCCAUCCCUCUGCUCUCGGUGAACGCCUACCUCGCAGCUCGCUACAGCCUCCGGCGGCUUGUGACGGGCGCCGGUGGCGCUCCCGUUUCUAUCAUGUCUUUCCGCACUCAACACGGCCCUAUCCUUCAUGCACUGGCACAGGUAGCCGUCAUGAAGGCGCACGCGAAGGCCGCCAUCGACCUAUACACGGACUCGUCCAUCGACCCCCGUGUUCGUGAUGGAAUUGCGGCCGCUGCAAAGGCCUCAAUGACGCGCCACGCUUGGGCUAGCCUGAGCAACUUGUCUGAGAGAAUCGGCGCGCAUGGAGUCUUUGAACAUAACAACGUCCUCCAGUCGGAGCUCCUCAUGCGUGGUAUCAGGAUCGCCGAGGGCGAUGUUCUUGUCUUGAGCAUCCGUCUUGCGAAUGAACUGUUGAUCGGUCGCUACAGUAUGCCCGCAAGCAAGUACCCGGACUCUCUUCUCAGUCGACACGAAGCCGGUCUCUUCGCGGAAUGCCGUGCCCUCCUCGACCGCGCAGGCGGGAACCACCGUCACGACAGCCUCAGUCGGCUCAUGCUUCCUCGCUGUCUGCCUCUGGUCCAGGCGAUCGGACAUCGUAUAGCGUACGAAGCAGCUGUCAACACCGGUGUCGACAAGACGCUGCUCGACCUGUACGAGGCCAGCGUCGUACUGGAGGACCCUGCUUGGUACGCGGAGCAUGCAGCUCUGCCGCGCUGGGCGCAAUUCGAGAUGGAGGACCGUGCGAUCACCGCCGCCUUGCCCCAUGUGGACGAAUACCUGGCCGAGACCGGCGCCGAGCCGUACGCUGUGUCACCUAUCCUCACUCAGGAGCGAUGGGAGGACUUCCUGAACAACCUGCCGCUCUUCAGCGGCAACGCGCAGCUUGCGCUCAUCCCUCCUGUGCCGCGAAUCCCACGACAGGCUCCUGCCCAAAUUCAAGCUCAUCUUUAACGCUCUCGUCGCAACCCACACGCUCCUUACCGUAUCCUAAUCCUAGUUGUCCGACGUCGCCUGCUGUCGAUACAUGCUGUCCAGUCCGCACCUGGGAUCCGUGAUAAGUUAUGUCUCGAGAUGUACUAUAGAGAUGUAUAACACCGAGCUUUGUAGCCCACGAAUGCUUCCGAUGAGACUUGGCUGGUGCGUCGCGUCGAGAUUUGACUUUUAGCACGAUUAUUACGAACUGUGACGUGUUGUGUUAUGUCUUCCAUAUGUUUUCCUAGCUGAAAUUCAUGAUUUACGAGAUGCCCCGGACAUGUGCGCAG